AUUCUAAACAAAACUCCCCACGACACACCCGUCCCGUCUUUCGGUCUCCGACGUGCGCUCGGCUUCUUUUUUAGGUGCGCGAACGGAGCGGCAAGGACCGACCUGCCCGCCGUAGCGCAAGGUUAUCAAAAGCUAGAAGAGAAAAAGGGGGGGAAAAGAGUGAGCGACUCGGACCGUCCUCAAAAUAUCAAACGCAAAAAAAAAAAAGAAAGACGAACAAAAACACCGCACGCGCGAGUGCGCUCGCACGCGGAGCGCCGUGGGUGGGAAAGGAGGCGCCGCCUCCUCGCCCAACCAUUCCUGCCUUCGAGCGCUGGCUCAAGCCGAUCGGGCUUUCGGGCGGUCGGUGGCGGCGGCUGCGUCGCCGUAGCGCUCUCCUGGCUCUCCUCUCCCGCCGCACGCCACGACGACGCACGCGGCGGAGAGAGCCAACUUUCAGAAUCGCUUUUUUCCUCGCGUGGGUUGGUCCACCGUUGCGGCCGCGGCGAGCGGUAGUGGUGGUCGCUCGUGGGGCCUGUUGCGCCACGACGGCAACUCCUUCGCCGGACCAGCUCCGAAGGAACUGUUCCUUCCGAGAACUCUGCGGCUCCUACCUACAUCUACCGGCGCCGGCGGCUGCAACAGGUGAAAACGGUGGUGACCGGCGAGGGAGCAAAGUAAUCCCGGCCGCACCGCGAAUGUGCGAGAAGGCUGUGUGAUUGUGCGCCGAGGAGCCUCGGCAAAGAAAGCAGCGUCGUGCGACGACAACUGCCGAGUUUGCCGUCUGGGAAGGAAAAACAAUAACCGAAGCCGGCUGCCGCAGACGAGAGCUACAACUGCGCACGGAAAGUUUUCUUUUUUUCCUAUUUUUCUCGCUCAUUGUCGUACUCCAUCGCGGUGAUACUGCCCCAACGCGUGCGGUGCGGCUCGUUUUGUGCGUUCUUUUCUCGUGACUGACGUCCCGUUGCGAGCCACGUGUUCGCUCGAGACAACGGCGCUGUUUGGGCGGCGUGCCGGCCGGCGAUGUUGGCGGUCGUGCCCCGGCGUCUCGGCGCGUAGACUUCACCGGUGCGACGGCCUGACCUGGAUUUGGGACACGUUGCAGCCCCCGGCGACCGAUCAUGAGGACCAUUCCUAAGACGGCGGCAACGAACGCCCACAGAAGAGCACGGAAGACCCGAACAGAGCCGGGGCCACUCAAUCUUUCGCGAGAAGCACGUGGCUCAACGCAGCGGCACUGAAGCACUGGCGUUUUUGCCCGCUACCGCCGUCGCAGCAGCAGCGAUUGCGUAAUACGUGUACAGUAUACAGUCUCUAUAGAUAGCAUCAAGCCAGUAUAUAUAUACACCUCUGACCAUGACUCUCAUCAGCGGCGAUAGGCAGCGGUUCGCGCGCGACGACAGCGUCUCCAGCUUGGGCACCAUGACCAACUCUCAGAGCAACGAGCCGCUCGUGGUCGGCAAGGCGCCCGUCGUUCCGGACGCACUCGGAGUUCCCGAUGCCGACGUGCGCCCUCGCACAAACGCCACCGACGUCUCCGGCGACGACGCGGGCGGGACUUGCGGCUGGGGCUGCCUGCGACCCCGCUGGCUGCAGCGGUUUCGCACGCCCCCCUGGGUGCUGUUCUUCCUGUGCUGGGCCGGGUUCCUGCAGGGCCUCAUAGUGAACGGCUUCGUGAACGUGGUCAUCACGACCAUCGAGCGCCGCUUCCAGCUGCGCAGCUCCGAGAGCGGCCUGGUGGCCAGCGGCUACGACAUCGCGUCCUUCCUGCUCCUGGCGCCCAUCAGCUACUUCGGCGGCACCCGGAGCAAGCCGCUGUUCGUGGGCGUCGGCUGCCUCGUGCUGGGCCUGGGCGCGCUCGUCUUCUCCAUGCCGCACUUCCUGGCCGGCACGUACGCCUUCAGCACCGAGGACGACAGCGAGAGCCUCUGCCUGGCGGAGGCGGCCGCCGGCUCGCAGGGCUUCUGCGCCCUCAGGGAGGCGUCGGGCGGGGGAGGCGGCGGCGGCUCCCUGAACCAGUACAAGUACAUGUUCCUCGCGGGUCAGAUGUUGCACGGCGCCGGCGCGACGCCGUUCUUCACGCUGGGCUGCACCUACUUGGACGAGAUCGUGUCCACCAAGAUGUCAUCCGUGUACAUCGGCAUUUUUUACACUAUGGCGAUCAUCGGCCCCGCAUUGGGCUACAUUCUAGGCGGCCAGUUCUUGAAGAUCUACACUGACCUCUCCGUAGACGCUUCAGCCCUUGGCCUGACGCCCUCCAGUGGGGUCUGGGUUGGAGCCUGGUGGAUCGGAUUCGUCGUGUCCUCCGUGACGGCAAUCCUGGCCGCCAUCCCCAUCAGUGCCUUUCCGAAGGUCUUGCCAGGUUCGCUGAAGCUGCAGGCUCAGAAGAAGUCCGAAAUGCACCAGAAACUGCAAAAGAGUGAAGCCGUGCAAAGUGGCUUCGGCGCCAGGGCCAAGGAUCUUCCAGCCUCAUUCAAGAUACUAAUCACCAACCCGACAUUUGUGUUCCUAAGUCUGGCAGGAGCGACCGAAGGCAUGCUGGUGUCUGGCCUGGCGACAUUCCUUCCGAAAGUGAUUGAGUACCAGUUCAGCAUCGCAGCAAGCUUAGCAGCUUUAAUAAUGGGUGCAGUCACUGUUCCAGGUGCCGGCGGAGGCACCUUUCUAGGAGGCUACUUCGUCAAGAGGUUCAACCUACGCUGCUCUGGCAUCAUCAAGAUGUGCAUCCUCUGCUCUCUUGUGCCACUCGUCACUAUCUUUGCCUUCUUCUUCAGCUGCCCAAACGUCAGAUUUGCAGGUGUCAAUUACAAAACAAACAACCUUACUGUGGGAAUCGACCGCUUUCUCAAUGAGUGCAACAACCAGUGCCAUUGCCAAAUAGAAGACUUUGACCCCAUCUGCGGAACAGAUCAUGUCAUGUACUACUCGGCGUGCUUCGCUGGCUGCCAAAAAGUCCAUCACUACGAAUCAACGAAGGUGUAUGAGGACUGUCGCUGCAUCGAUCAUCCAGGCCGGAACAUAACACUGGAAGGCAGGCAGGUGACCAUCCAGGCGGAGCGGGAUAAAUGCCCCAGCGAGUGCAACUUCCUUGUCUUCUUCUUGAUUGCUAUGUUCAUCUGCAUGGUCUUCACAUUCCUGGUCAGCAUGCCAUCACUGGCUGCCACACUCAGGUGUGUUGCAGCUAGCCAGAAGUCUUUCGGACUCGGUAUACAAUGGAUUACGGUGCGGUUAUUAGGAACCAUUCCAGCUCCCAUCUUGUUCGGCUUACUCAUCGACCAGAGCUGUGUGCUGUGGCCUGGCUCAUGUGAUGACUCGGGCGCAUGUGCGGUCUAUGAGAAUGGCCAGAUGGCUCGCAAUUUGCUUGCAUUGCUGGCCACUGUAAAGUUCCUCUCAUGCCUAUUCUUCUUCCUCUCGUGGCUCCUGUACAAGGCACCCGAAGGUGGCGAUGAUGACGGUGACGUCAUGGCAGCCGAGAAAGAAAAGUGUGGUGUCGCCACCAUCAAGCAGGAAAAGGCUGCAACUUCCCCAUACAAGUCAGCCACAAAUGGCUCGGUGACAACAGAGCAGCAGCAACAAAAUCAUCACAACAGUGACAGCAGCACUUGGUUUUGAACAUUACCAAGAGACAAAGACUACAAGUAGCAUGGCUCUAUGUGUAAUAGUGAGGUUCGCCAUGGUGAUGUGCAAAUGAAAAUGCAGUAUGGGCUUUUUCACUGUGUGUCUCCGAGUGCCCACUUUUGGCAUGAACUCCAACAUGAGGUGAAAGCUUCUCCUGUUUCAAGCGCCCAUUCUUGGCAAAUUUCCUGUAACAGAAAGUUUGCAUUCAGUGCAUAUCCCCUAUGUCAUAUGCAACUGCAGCCCUAUAGAGGUGUAAGCUGGUGUGAGCUGGCAGGCUUUCAGUGGCCAAUUGUGAGAAGUGCAACACUAGGCUUUUCAUUGUUUUCAUUUCGACAAACCUUGAAUAGCAUGAGCACACUACUCUUUGCCUCACUGCCAAACUAGAGAGCAACGUCGAUCUUUUGCAAUUGCUGAACCGCCAUGUGUGCUUGAAGGAUCUUCACAAAAGUCACCACAUGCGAACUGUGAAUUCGGCAAUUGAAUGUUGCUGCUGGCACCAGGAAACACCCUGGUAUGCCAGACACCAGGUAUGUGUUCUUGCUCAACAUCUGUCCAUAAUAGCAGCAAGCCCAGUUGUCUACAGCUUUCCUGUCAACCCACCUCAAUUUGAGUAGAAAAUUUGAGAAAAGCUCAUAUUCUGAUUUGUGCACAUCUGUGUGAUGAUCCAAGUUCAGGAAGAGGUAGCUGCAGCAUAUAGACUGCCUACAGGAUUCCAGCAUCUGAAAGCUUGGCAAACUUCUUGGAUGUCUGAGCCUUCGUGCAAUUUUUCAUGCGGGAGUGAAGCACAAUUUCAGCAGCACCGACAUGUGAUUCUCAGAAUAUGUUGUGCAAGUCCUCAAGAAAGUGAUGCCGUGUGAGUGUGUGUGAACUGUGAAUCUACGGUAUGCUAGGCAGAGUGCAGAUGCCACUGACUGACAUCAUUUCUCAUGUUGAAGUGGUCAAACAAAGGGACCUGUUUAAGUGAAUUGGUGGACAAGUGAUGCUUCAGCAAAACAAGCACUAGGACUUAAUCAUGAAUACAAUGAACUGUUCUGAGUGCCUGUUCUUAGCAGAUUUCCUGUGCUCUUUUUGACAAUACCCGUAGCAAAUUGGUGGGACAACAUAUCUGUAGAUUUGUAAGAGUGUUUGCACUUACAUACUGUGCGCACAAACUGACACAUGAACAAAACAUGUCUGAAAGCUUGCAGUAAUUUUUUCUUUUUGAAAGUGCACAAAAUGUGACGCUGUUUUGCAAUUAAACAAUUACCAUUAUUUGCACUAGAACUAGAAACCUCAUGAACAUUUGGUGCAAGAAACACUGCUAAGUCGGCAGUGCCUUAAAUUGCAAAUAGCAGACUUACUCACAGUGCAACUAUGCUGAGAACAUUUAGUUCAAGUGUUAUUAAAUGCCAUUCGAAAGCAAAUUUCUUUAUGGCCACUUUAAUUGCGGAAUACAAAAAAAAACCUUGUACAUAGCUUUCGUGCCUGUUACAGAACCAGGUUGGAUAAAUUACUCCAGAGCCCCAUGGCAUCUUUCAUAGCGCAAGUGUAGCUUUGGAAUGUAAAACAUAAUCACUUAUCAUAUAGUACUAUACUGAAGCACAUAGUACUAAUGCUAUUCCUAAAACAAGAAGCUCCCAUUCAUUUAACCCCUGAGCAAGCACAUAUGGCCAGGCAGUCUUGAAAUUACCUAUUUAAAUUCUUGCUGUAAAGUGUGUCGGCAUUCUACAGACUCCAUAAAGUAUGACAUGGCUCUUAAGAAAAAGAUAACACGCAAAAUAGACAAGGAUGAGAGGGCAAAGAGAUGGACUGGCACAAAAUUUCAACUAAUUUUAUUUCCACACAUGUGCAAUAAAGCUGUGCACAUUUAAUAUGGGAAAAAAGGUAAGUGAGAUAUGUACAACAUAACCAUCACUUUCUUUUUCUUUUUAUAACUAAAUGUGGGCUGCCUUAUUGUACAUGUGUGGUAAUGUGCUUAUAUUCAUGAGUCUGAUGGAAAUAAAAUUAGUUGAAAGUUUGCGCUAGUCUGUGCCUCUACUUUCUUGUCCUGUCUGUUUUAUGCAUUAACUUCUUCCAAAGCAUUAUGAACCAACUAGCACAGCAACAAGUCUUAUCGAAGUUUUAUGACAUAACAGUAAUCUCACAGUAUAUUAAUGCUUUGACAGUAUGAAGCAUAACGACUUCAUGGCUUAGUGUUCGUUCUCUUCUUCUGUGAUACUGAAUCCGGUGACAUUUAUUUAUCUCAGAAUGACAGCAGCCAAAGCUAACGUAUUUCUUAGCGAACUUGGUGAACUUGUAACAAGCACUCCCACUUUUCCUGUCAAUUGUAUAAUUGUCCCAAAGCUUAUUUAAAAUAUAACUGUGUUCAUCAACCCUCGCAUUUUGAUUUGGCAUUUGGUGACAUUCCUUAAUACUACCUAAUCUUUUUGUUUCUCUCUAAAUGAUGCUACUAAUGUCUUUUGAGUGCUUUGCGACUGUCCAUAUGGACAUUAUUCUAUUCAGCACGUUACCUUCCGACACAUGACCUUGUAAUGUUUACUUGAGAGUAUUUUGAUUUAGUGUCACUGCAAAAUGUUUGCAUUUGCAUUGGCUUUAUGCACCUGAUUUGAACACAAACAGAAUUCGUAUUACAUCAAAUGACAGAUGCCACAACUUUUCUGCAAGUAACUUGCCAAUUGAUUUUGGGGUUCUUUUAUGUAAGUGCAAAGUCAAUGACAUGUGUAAGAUAAACAUUGCCAUGUGGAGGGGUGAUUCUGGUUCUCGACCGUGACCUUUCAAAUAAAAAGACAAAGUAGCAUUUUUGUUCAAAACAUUGUAAACUAGCAGAACAUUGUUUAAUAAAUCUGGUUGGUCAUUAGUAGAUAUAGCAUGACAUCACUCUGUAUAGCCCCCAUGCCUCCUACAUCAGUGAGUAAAACAUCUUGCUUUCUACGGUUCUGUGCAGAUGAGUUUCUUUCUGGACAAAUUUUUGAUAAAGAUUACAAAGCCAGCCUUGAA